AGAACUGCUGUGAUGUUUUUCAGAUGAAGAUUAAAAAAAAUGAGCUCACAGAACAGGAAACUAGUGAUACUGAUCGGAAACUUUGGUGACAUGAAAAGAACGUGUUGGUGUCAGAGCUGGACGUUACGAAGCGACACUCUGCGCCUGUUUAUGUGAACUUUUAAUGUUUAUAAUGACAAAAGUUUUAGGUUUUAUUUUAGUGAUGAAUUCACUCCUCUGCUGCGGACAUGCUGAAGACGCAAACCUGAUUAUUGAUCCCAACUGGUCGACUUUUCAUCCUGAAGAGAGCGUGACAUUCAUUUGUGACAUGAGUGAAGGAGAAGAGACCGACUGGCAAUAUGAGAUUAGAAGAAAUGGAGAACAAGUUCUUCAAUACAACCCGCACAAAAGCUACACAUUACCAGGUAUCCAAAUCGGUCAGAGUGGUGAAUACCAGUGCUGUGGACUCAGGAAGAGCUCUGAUGAUACCGACUGCAGUGAUACUGUCUCUGUAACUGUUACUGCUCAACCCAAAGCCAAACUGACUGCAGGUCCUACAACCAUACCAGUAGGGGGCAGUGUGACACUGAGAUGCUCAGUGGAGCCCUCUGCUGGAUGGAAAUACAGAUGGUUCAGAAGGACCCAAAACACUCAAGAAUUUGAACUCACUGAAGAAGGAAACAGAGAUAUUAAAGUAACACAAGGAGGAAUAUACCGAUGUAUUGGAAAGAGAGGAAAUGGAGACUAUUACAGUGUUAUAAGUGAUGAAGUGAGCUUCAAUAUAACCUUUUCCAACGAGGUUUUUGUGACUCGACAACCAAACUGGCCUCAGAUCUUCAGUGGUGAGUCGAUCACUCUGACAUGUGAGGUCCAGGAAGGAGAAACCACUGAGUGGACGUGUGACUGGAAGAAAUCUGGGUCAAUAAUACAGAGGACAGACAGUAAAGACUGGACUUUCACUGUCUCUGAGUCCAGCAGUGGCGAUUAUAUGUGUCAGUGUAGAAGCAGAGAUGAUGGGUUUUCUUCAACACAGUGGAGUGAAACCUUGACACUGUCUAUAUCAGGAGCUGAAGCUGAAGCCAAACUGACAGCAGGUUCAACAACCAUACCAGUAGGGGGCAGUGUGACACUGAGCUGCUCAGUGGAGCCCUCUGCUGGAUGGAACUACAGAUGGUUCAGGCGGACCGCAGACACACCUGAAGUUCAAGUCAUAACAAAUGAUGAAGAAAACAGAGAAAUCACUGUGACACAAGGAGGAAUCUAUAAGUGUGAAGGAGAGAGAGGAAAUCCUUCAUUCUACAGUCAUUCAAGCCAAGAGAAAACCAUUGAAAUCAUGUUUUCCAACGAGGUUUUUGUGACUCGACAACCAAACUGGCCUCAGAUCUUCAGUGGUGAGUCGAUCACUCUGACAUGUGAGGUCCAGGAAGGAGAAACCACUGAGUGGACGUGUGACUGGAAGAAAUCUGGGUCAUUUAUGAACAUGACAAAUAGUAAAGACUGGACGUUCACUGUCUCUGAGUCCAGCAGUGGAAACUACACAUGUCAGUGUAGAAGCAGAGAUGAUGGAUUUUCUUCAACACAGUGGAGUGAAACCAUAACAGUAACUGUAUCCAGUUCUGUCGGCUCUUCAUUUCCUGUCAUGUUGAUCGUUGGACCAGUUGUUGGAGUCGUUCUCAUCGUCCUGCUGCUCUUGUUGUGGCGCUGCAGACGGUCCAAAGAUUUGAGCUGCAUCAGGUCAUUUCAGUCUGAAAGCAGCAGCCAGAGGCCGACCAGUAAUCAUGGACUGAACCAGAUUGAAAGUAAUUACAGCUCUCUGCUGCAUGGUACCACGUCUGUGUAUGAGACAAUCCAGAACCGUGGAGCCACAGGAAACGAGAGACCUCCUGAUCCAGAAGAAGGUUCUGUUUACGAUUAUGUGAGACCAGAUAAUUACAGAUCAGCAUGAAGGUCAGAUAAACACCUGACUUCAUUAGAUUGUUACUGAUCAUUUUUUCUUCAUUUGGGAAAAUGUGCUGCCCGAUUCACCAGUUCUAAUAAGAGUUCAGUUGUUUAGUUGUGAAUUCAUGACUGGAUCUCAUCUGUCUGGUUUUCUGUAAAUGUACUUUCUUUUUCUGACAGUGAUAACUUGCUGUUUUUAAUUAAAGUUUAAUGUGGCUCCAGGUUCUGUCUUGGACUCUGGUUUAGGCUAAAUAAUAUCAUCUUUCUUUUCAUGUCUUUAUUGUCCGGUGGUUUUAUUUUACAUUUUUAAGGCUGAUGUAAUGGGUUGAGAAUCAGUUAAUUAAUACAACCCUAUUUUUGAUUCAGAAUUAAUCCUGUCUUUGGUCUUCUUUUUUUUUCUUUUUUUUCUUAUGUAUAUAGACGUGUUGGUUGUGUGCAUGUAUCUUCUUGCCAGUGGGGGGCGCUCUCUUACCGCCACAGCACAGUGACGUAAUUCAGGUAUUCAUUAAAUAGUAGGUUGUGUUUCCUAAUGGUCUUUAUUGUUGUA